GUGGUCCAUACCGGAUGUUUGACCCAGAACUUCGCGUGCAGUGAAAGUGUGCCCGGUGUAAAUACGUUUUUGCCGGAAACGAUGAUGAAAGUUUAUUUAAUUUUGGGUCUACUGGUAACGGUUGCAUAUGCCGAGAAGAAAAUUAAUCUAGAAGACAUAGAAAGGGAUAAUCUGAGAGCUGAGAAUAAAGCCAAGAACGAGAAUAUCCAGACCGAUGAAACGAAAUACGCCGUUCAACCCAAUCAGCAGCAGUAUCAAAUAUCGAACCAAUAUAGUACUUUGGAUAGUAAUUCCGAAUCGUAUAAUCAUCCUCAGGGAUUUCAAGAUGUAAAAUAUAGCCUACCACCUGAAGCAUAUAUUCAACCCAACCAAUAUGCUGUACAUGAAGUACAAUAUAAACAGCCAAGCCAAAUUUUGCCACAGCAACAUAUUCUGCCAAUACAAUAUUACAGAGGAUAUCAACAGCAACAGGAAAUACCAGCAAAAGGUGUUACUUCCAUUGCCUACGAAUCUCAAAAAUUUACUUACCAACCAGAAAUAGCAGUAGGCAAUCACAUUCAAAAUAUUCAACAGAAAGCAAUCACAGAAAAAUACACAAAAGCCAACAGAGAACCUGUUUAUCUCGAUGUUCCGGUGACUCAGCUGCUUUCUUAUUAUCCCCAAUUGAAUAUUAAUUCUCCGAGUGGAAAAAGUGCCGGAUUGGUGCAACCUUCGUUACAUCAGUUAGCCAACAACGCUCAACAAAUUUCCAUACCCGUGUACGCUCCCGUAUAUAAUCAGAAACAAUUAGUCUCUUCUGCAAAAACAUCUUAUUCCACAGUUGUGCCAACAACAUUUAGGACCAAAGCAUCAAAAGGAUCGGCUUAUAAUCUCCCAAUUACGUCGAAGAAAAUUAAUUUGUCCACACUGCUGACGACACCCGUAUACGUGCAACCCCAACAGUUGCCUGCUAAAGAAAAGACGCUGUUGCACACGCAAGCUUAUAUCACGCCGUCGCAACCACAUUAUGUGCAGCAGUUAGUUUACGCGCAGCCCGGCAUAGUUUACACUGAUCCUGCUGCCGCUUACAGCGAUAUUUAUGCUCGUUUUCCAGCAUACAUUCAAGACAAUUCUCUCUCUGGACAGAUAAAUCAAUAUCAAACCCAACAACAAUUGUACGUUAUACCGACGAUUAAUGCCGAAACGCCGAAAAAAGUCUUGCAGGAGCAAAUUGGCCAAGAUCUUCCACAAAAUUAUGUUAAGGUGCCUGAAGAACCCAAUGCUCACUUCGUGCCACCGCAAUUGCCUCCACAGGACUUUAAAUCCGGUAUUACGCAAUUGAAACCUGUUUCUAUCGAAGACGAACAAUCUUUGCCGGUGCAAGAUCAGUCUUUGUCAGUGCAAGAUCAUUCCUUGUCUACAGAACCAAGGUCGCUACUCGAUACGUAUAUUCCGAGUAAAAUCAUCGCUGCGCAAGAUAGCGCCAGGUACAGAGAAAGACCAAUAAAAUUGGAAGGAGGUUUUCUUCCGUCAAAAGUAAAUUUUGCGUUUAAGAAGCGCAAAUCCGAAUGACGAGAAUCGCUGUAAGCGAUAUGACGAUUGACGAAUGUCAUACAUAAGGGUCAGUACAGCAUAAAAACAUGAUUAUUAAUAAUUAUGACGACUGAGGCAUAUUUGGGGAUGACAUCGAAAAUAUGCUGACUGAAAAUAGAGAUCAGCAGCAUCAUCGCAUCUAGUCUUUCUUUGAAGAUUUUGCAACUUUUUAUAUUGUUUUCUUUUAAUGUUUGUAGCGACGCGAGAGUAUCUAUGUAAACGGCGUAUCUUGUGUUUAAGAUUUUUCAAUAAAAUUUGAAAUGACAAAAAAUAAAUUGAUGAAACCACCUCUUCAGAGCGUAGAUUUGAGACACAUGAGAAUGUUAGUGUAGUAAUACAAAUAAUUAUAUUUUAUGUAAAUUAACAUAAUGUAAUUAUUUGUUUUUGUUUUUUUUAUUAAAGCAUAUCAUGUUUUUUAAUUUGAUAGAAUACAGGCAUAUUUUAUGUUUUUUAAAUAACAUGUAUAUCAUAAAUAUAAUUAAGUAAUAAGAAA